CUCUCUUUCUUCCUCCAUCCUUUGCCAAUGUUCUCAGUAAAAACUACAGAAAAUUAGACAGCCAGGGAAAAAGAAGCCACUCUUACAAUAUGACCUAGAUUGUAUGCAACAGUGAAACCUCCAUUUUCUCUGAAAAUAAGUCUGUAUAAACGAGGAGGAUUACAAGUCUGACAGCACUUCUGACACAUUGAGAGACCUCAAGCAGGGUGUUGAAAGUUCAACUUGUUUGGUACCAAUUCAGACUCAAAGAUUUAUUCUCCAGUGAGGUGAAAGAGAGGAAAAGAAACAGGAGCAGUUAGAUUUUCCAGCCACUCCACCCAAAUGGGUGAUUUAUCCAAGUGUGACUGGGGUGGGUGGAACACAAACAUCUCCUACUCAACCCAAGCCUUCAGCUUGGGUGGCUAAAACUGUGCACCAAUUUGUCUUCAUCCUGAAGCAGCAUUCUUCAGAGACCCACCCAAGGUUGCUCUAUGACAAGGAGGGAAGGUCAAGAACACAACCAGGGUUGAACUUGCUGUCAGGCAGCUGUGGCCCUAAGCGCCCCCAGCAGUGUCCGCUCUCAGCCAAUGGGAGCUCGAGGUCCGGGGAUGAUGAGCCGCGGGACUACAACUGGACCAAUCAGGCUCCAAGAUCGUGGGGGAGGGUGUAAGAGGAAGGAGAUGGGAGGAGAGGCCGGAGGCGAUGGAGAUUGAGCUACAACUACAGAAGUUUCUCACCUUGGCUAAGGAAGGACAGCUCGCGCAUCUCCAACUCAUCUCCUAGUCCCAGCGGGAAGACGUCACCCCAGAGAUAACUUUCUCCACCUCCUCAAUCUGCCCGGUGCAUGCGAGCGGAGCCCCUCUCACUGGCAGUCUUUUAUAUUUCUUUAUGUCUUUUUGCAGGAAGGCAAGGCUGAGAGAUAGUUUGGGGUGGAGAACUGACCUCUCUCUAGGAGAGUCCCAGGGCGGGGAAGACAGAAGAGGUGUGGCUGGCACUGGGGACUCCAUGCUGGGGCCAUGGACAGAGUGGCGCUCCUGGGACUGUCCCGCCUGUGCGUGCUGUGGGCAGUCCUGAUCGCGCUGUUCCCCUGCGGAACCCAAGGGAACUGGAUGUGGUUGGGCAUCGCCUCCUUCGGGGUUCCGGAGAAGCUGGGCUGCGCCAAUUUGCCUCUGAACAGCCGCCAGAAGGAGCUGUGCAAGAGGAAACCGUACCUGUUGUCCAGCAUCCGGGAGGGCGCCCGGCUGGGCAUUCAGGAGUGCAGGAGCCAGUUCAGACACGAGCGAUGGAACUGUGAAGUCGCCACCUCUGCCACUCCGGGGAGCAGCCACCUCUUUGGCAAUGAGUUGACUAGCGGCACCAAGGAAACAGCAUUUAUUUAUGCGGUGAUGGCUGCAGGGUUGGUGCACUCGGUGACCAGGUCAUGCAGUGCAGGCAACAUGACGGAGUGUUCCUGUGACACUACCUUGCAAAAUGGCGGCUCAGCAAGUGAAGGUUGGCACUGGGGGGGCUGCUCUGAUGAUGUCCAGUAUGGCAUGUGGUUCAGCAGAAAGUUCCUAGAUUUCCCUGACAGAAACGCCACAGGAAAAGAAAGUAAAGUACUAUCAGCAAUGAACCUACAUAACAAUGAAGCUGGAAGGCAGGCUGUCGCCAAGUUAAUGUCAGUAGACUGUCGCUGCCAUGGUGUUUCAGGCUCCUGUGCUGUGAAAACAUGUUGGAAAACCAUGUCUUCUUUUGAAAAGAUUGGUCGUUUGUUGAAGGAUAAAUAUGAAAACAGCGUCCAAAUCUCAGACAAAAUAAAGAAGAAAAUGCGCAGGAGAGAAAAGGAUCAGAGGAAAAUACCAAUUGACAAAGAUGAACUGCUCUACAUCAAUAAGUCUCCUAAUUACUGUGUGGAGGAUAAGAAACUGGGGAUUCCAGGGACCCAAGGCAGAGAAUGCAACCGUACAUCAGAGGGUCCCGAUGGCUGCAACCUCCUCUGCUGUGGUAGAGGCUACAAUACCCACGUGGUCAGGCACGUGGAGAGAUGUGAGUGCAAGUUUAUCUGGUGUUGCUAUGUCCGAUGCCGGAGGUGUGAAAGCAUGACUGACGUCCACACUUGCAAGUAAUCACUCCACUCAGAUAUGGACAGCGCUGAUCAAUGACAUGCGAUAGAAGUGUCACCCAAGUGUGUCUUUCUCUUUGCAAGAUGGACAACUGCCUUUGAAUUCUCAACUCAUGUCUGAGUUACUUUUACUUGGUCACUCAAUCACACAAUGAACAUGUGGGUUUCUUGAGCUUUUUAAAGAUGAAAAGGCUGAUAUUUGUUGGUCUGGGGAUUCUAUAAUGGCAUACAAGAAAGAAAAUCUGUCUCCUAAGCAACAAAGAAAGAAAACAAAAGAGUCUUUCAGCUAGAUGGCCUGAUCCAUACUCAGGAUAAGAUGCUCAGAUAUGGAAUUCAAUAGUGGUGGGUGAAUAUGAACUGUAAAGACUUAAAAGGUGUCUGUGAGAGCCGAUAACAAUGAUCUCAUCUAUCCUCUCAAUAUUUUAGAUGAAGAAAUCAUACUAGUGGUCCUGCAUAGAAAGAGAUAUUGCUAAGUUUGUAGAAGUGGUGGUUGACACUUAAUCUACUUUAAGUGCAUUUUUUUUUAUAAAAAGAGGUAAUUAAAAAGAAUAUUUGUAAGUGAUAUAUUUCCUAAAAGCAAAAAAGUGCUGUUUUUAAGUGUUUAAUGAUAAAAGUUGAAAAAUAAAUAGUAAAAUAUAUGAUUUAGAUUUUAAUUUGUAGAAUUUGUUUAGGAAAUUAUCAGUGAGAUACAGAGCAUUUUUUUUUUUUAACCUGGCUUAAUACUUUAGUGUCAGACCAGUUUUCGUUAAAAAUCCAGCUAUGGGGAGUCGGGCGGUAGAGCAGCGGGUUAAGCGCAGGCGGCGCAAAGAGCAAGAACCAGCGUAAGAAUCCCGGUUGGAGGCCCAGGCUCCUCACCUGCAGGAGAGUCUCUUCACACGCAGUGAAGCAGGUCUGCAGGUGUCUGUCUUUCUCUCCCCCUCUUUGUCUUCCCCUCCUCUCUCCAUUUCUCUCUGUCCUAUCCAACAACAACAUCAAUAACAACAGCAAUAAAACAACAAGGGCAACAAAAGAGAAUAAAUAAAUAAAAUAAA